AGGGCCCCAUGACCCAGGGAAAAACCUGUCUUUCCUGCCCAGAACCUGAGAACCUUCCAGCCAGGAACAGUGGUAACAAUGGUGCCUGUCCUUCUGUCUCUGCUGCUCCUUCUGGGUCCUGUAGUCACCCAGGAGGCCCAAGCUGCAGAUCAUUACUCUCUGACCUAUCUCUACACUGGGCUCUCCAAGCCCAGUGAAGGCUACCCCAAGUUUUGGGCCGUCGGCUUCCUCAAUGACCAGGAAUUCUUCCACUACGACAGUGAAAGCAGGAAUGCUGAGCCUGUGGGACCAUGGAGGCACGUGGAAGGAAUGGAGGAUUGGGAUAAGGAGAGCAAACUUCAGCAGGCCAGGGAGGACAUCUUCCUGGACACGCUGCAAGACAUCACGAACUAUUACGAUGACAGCAAUGGGUCUCACACCUUUCAGGGAAGGUUUGGUUGUGAGCUCCAAAAUAACCAAAGCAGUGGAGCAUUCUGGAAGUAUGCCUAUGAUGGAAAGGACUUCACUGAAUUCAACAAAGAAAUCCUGGCCUGGGUCCCCUUGGACCCGGCAGCCUGGAACACCAAGAAGUGGGAACCCUAUGUGCAGAAUGCCAAGGUGUACCUGGAGGAGGAGUGUCCUAGCAUCCUGCAGAGGUACCUGAACUACAGCAGGCAUAUCCUGGACAGACAAGAAAUAAGAACUUCCUGCACCUCCCACCCUGAUCACUGCAAAAUCAGUCCUCCUACUAGCUGAGAUCCUGAAAGAAACCAUUCCCAGCCAUCAGAAUUCUGACUCAACCAUCUUAUCUUUCCUGAAAGCCUGACUUUGAAGACUAUGACUUUUUUUUUUUUUACCGCUUCUGCUCCAAGUUGAAAAUCAAAGCUAGGAAAUUACUCCUUUAGUCAACAUAAAAUCCACAUUCCCCUCUUCUGGCACAAAAAGUUCUAUCUGGACAGCAGAAGGGCCCCAGAGAAAAAAAGACAAAAAUUUUCAAGAAGGAAAAAAUACCACAAUUGAUAUUUUAACAUAUGAUGACACAUCUACAAAUAAAAGAGAAAGGAUAAACAGUUCAGAUCCCUUUUACAAAAAAAGAGAAAGGAUAAACAUUUCAGAUCAAUGAGGAAAUCAAAGUGGUGUGAACCCUCCAGGGCUGAGGAAGGCUGGAGUGUGAGAUCUGGUCUCACCUACAACAGGAGAGAUGGGUGGAGGAGGAUGAGGGGAAGGAAUCUUGGAAGACCCAAGGCAUGGCCAGGUAUGGGGAGGAGGACAGGGGCCCAGCGCCACUCAGACAUCACAGAAAACUUCCUGGAGGGACUCAGACUUCAGAGGAGACAGGAAGGGCUAAGACAGCAGGCCAAGAAGAAGAGGUUAGAAGAAGUUUCCUCACCAGGUAGUUGUGAGGCAGGUGAGAGGGGAGGGUCACAGGGGCCUGACAAGGGAGGUGACCUAGGAGUAGGGCUGAGACACAGGCAUCCACUGAGCAUCACCAAGGACAAUUAAGGGGUCCAGAGAAGCCCAUGAGGGCUCUUCUGGGGUCCCCUCCUGCUCACAAUCACAUUGUCCCGCAGGCAUGGCCAAUGCCAAGUGCAAUUUGAGAACGCCCCAACCUGGAGAGGCUCUUUGUCACAAAUUAUCUCCCUCUUUCAUAUUCCUCAGUCACUUUACAAUAGAAUGCAAGUCUGUGCUUGGGAAACCACCGUCCUCCAAACAUUCAUGGAAAGAUCUUGCUUGGAGAAAACUGGCUGGGUCUGUAUCCUAUGAGUUUUAUGUUAUGCAUUAAAAAUUAUCUUGAGAAUAAUUGGCAAAGGAGCACUAGGCACAAAAACGUUGAGAACCGCUCAGCUAGAGGAAUGGGGCAGCCAGAGACCAGUCAUGAAGGAAAGUACACAAUUACAGACUGUUCCCCGUUUAUCACAUGACAAUGGACACGGCAACAGACCAGAGCUCUCCACAAUCUGAUGCCAAACUCCCUUCUGCAUUCAGCACCCCACAACCCCACCCCUCAAUCAUCUUCAUCAACUCUGUUUCCACCCAGCUGGCCUCAACAACCUUCACAGGUGUCUGGUCACUCUUUUUGUCC